AGAAGCAGAGGGGUCACGGAAAGAAGGCUGCCUACCCUGCAGAGGAAAUUUUGCGUUUGAGGAUAGAUGCGCCUCCAAGGAUGCUCCGGGCACCACGCAUGGCUCACCAGAGACUCUGAAUUUCAGUUUGAAAAGAGAUCCCCGAGUUGUCAUUUGGUGAACAGUCCUGCUGGCCCAGGCUCUUCUGUCGGAAGCGGAGCCAAGCUCCAGUGUGCCUGUUCCUGCCCUUGGAAGUCCAGUGGUCUUCCCGGUAAUGGACUGCCUCUCUCUGGGAUACAGCUCCCACCCCAGACAGACCCUCCAGAUCUAGUCUGCCAAUCCAGCUAGGAAGCACUGUCAUCAUCAAAAUGACGGACGAGCCCAAAAAAGAGAUCCUGGGGACCCCAAAAUCUCCCCUGCCAGCGACAACGGAGAAAAGCCCCAAGAGCGAAGUGGUGAUCACCACAGUGCCGCUGGUCAGUGAGAUUCAGCUGAUGGCAGCCACUGGGGGAGCUGAACUCUCCUGCUCCCGUUGCGUCAUUCCCUUUGCUGUGGUGGUCUUCAUUGCAGGCAUAGUGGUCACUGCGGUGGCUUACAGCUUCAACUCCCAUGGCUCCAUCAUCUCCAUCUUUGGCCUGGUCCUUUUGUCAUCUGGACUUUUUUUAUUAGCCUCCAGUGCCUUGUGCUGGAAGGUGAGACAGCAGAGCAAGAAAGCCAGGAGACGGGAGAGUCAGACAGCUCUCGUGGCACAUCAGAGAAGCCUGUUUGCUUAAGACUGAAUGAGACCAAAUAGGACGCCUGUCCUGAAAAACCUGCUCUACCCUUGUCCACCGACUCACCUUGAACUCGCCUGGGGGACAAUGGACUUGUAUCAGACAAGGAAAGGGGUAGGAUGGGAUGGGAGUGGAGGGGUCGUGCAUGGCGAGGGUUGACGAGUGUCUUCUAAUGACAACCUUAACCCUAAGGGCUAUUUCUAAUAGGGCAAAAAUCAGCUUUUCCUUCACAACAGACGAUUUUGGGGGGGGGCCCUAGGUGGUGUGCUGCAUUAGACAACACUUGGUCCACAUUGGAGAGUUGACGAUAAAUAACAGGACAAUAAAAAGACAGGUGUGGUGCACCGUCUACCUGCCUCCAAAAGAAUGAACAAGCUGUAUCCUAAGAACAUUCUGCCAGGGUUCCACAUGGCCUUGGACUCUGCAUCGUGCUUUGAGAUUCUGUGAUCAUUUGUUUUCAAGAAGUUGACUUUCUGGCAUCUGUUUUCAUUGUUCAUUUUCAGUAACUCAUCACUGGUGGUACUUUAUCUUAAAGAAUAAACUAAUAUUUUUAUUUGUUAACAUUGGAUAAUCUGAGUUAAUUGAAGUCAGUGUCAGAAGUAAAAGAGAAAGCCAGAAAAAGGUAUAUUUAGAUGAUGGGGGUUAAAUUAAUGUCAAAAUAAUCCAAUAAUAGCACUUUGAUGACUUUUUUAUAUAAAAUUUAAUGUUCAUUUUCAUUCAAAAUAAUAAAUACUCAUUGCUGCU